GAAAUGUCAUUGUCAAGAAAAUUGUUUUACUUGCGCGUUAUCGUUCCUGUGCACAAAAAUAUCAACAAAGUUGUUUUAUAACUAAGAACCCGCAUAGUAUAUCGCUAAAUUGAUGUUAGAUCCUGCGCCAUGAGUACAAUUGGCAUUGUACAAAUACAUGAUUCGAUAAAUCGCGGCAGAGGUCACUAUUGCCGCAUUUGUUUUCGUUCUACAGUUGAGACGAAACUCGUCAAGCCUGUCCAUUUGAAAAAGUUAAUAAAUAAAUUGGCAAUACAUUUUAGGGGGGGAAUUCAAGUAUGUGUCAUAUGCGAAGCCCUAGCACUAUCAGCAGCGCGGUUCGUGAGAACCCUAGAGCUGGCCGCUCGAGUGAGCGAUUUGGUCACAAACAUGAGUGCAGCGCAGUGGAAGAAUGUUCUCAAUUGUGUGGCGGCACCGGAUAAGUACCCUAAGGUGCUAAACGAUGAAAGCGUCCCCCGACGAGCCCUGGAACUGGACGCGGCGCUGCGUGUGGUGCCGCGGUACGAGCUGCGCCGCACCGACACGCUGGUGGUGCCCUCACCGCCGCAACGACAAGACAUGAUGGUAGUUAUGCAGCACGGAAACCCACCCAUACCUACACCUACAGCGAUGCCUACUCUGGCGCCCAUGGUAAUGGCUCCCGCGAUGGCCCCCAUGGCGCCCACGAUGGCCCCCAUGGCGCCCAGGAACCCGGCGCUCAUGCCCACGACGCUGAGCGCCAAAACUAAGAUCUCGGUGGACCCAGAGUUGCGGCAUGUGCGCGUACUGAAUAAGGAGACAAACCAGAUCGUUUUACAUCCUAUGGUCCAAGGCGUAGAUGGGAACGUAUAUGUACCUUCACUACAACUCCAAAUACUCGACAAUGGCAUACUGAGGAGCGCUCCAAACAUUCAAAGUGUAAUCCCAGCUUUAACCCCUGACAAUGGACCAUUAGAAGACCCCCUAAGCAUUGAAAAUAACCCCCCACAAUUAACUCCAGCUAACCAAAGUUACUCACAACUCCGACACAGAUUAACAACACAAGAACACAAUAAUGAGAAUAAAGAGAAAAGCGAAUAUUACAACUUCUUAGUGUCCCAAAUGGAGGAAAAGAAACAAAACUCAAAUGUUGAAAUAAUCAAAAUGAACGAUUUGAAUAUCGUUCUUAACGUCGACGAGGGUGAAAGUAAGAAACGCAAGCGUAGCGGGGGUUCUAUGGACAAAACUUUGAGUGAAGUCGAGUUGUUGUUAAGUGAGAACGCCCAAGGCGGGUGUGAGAUUAAGUAUGAGAUAGUAGAUGAUGAUGAUGAUGUUACGAAGGAUAAAGUGGAUGCUUCGAGUAGGCCGGUUUUGAAGACGGAUCGGACGGUGGAUUGGGAGGAUAAAAUACCCAUGGACGUGAUUUCUUUUAUUGACGCAACAGACCCAAACCCCGAGGAGCGAAUAAUGCAGCCGCCCCCCAUGGGGGUUAUAUCUGACGUCCGCUCCGUUCCUAACGACUUUACCGAACCCAUCGAGUGCAUCGACCUAUGUUGACGUGUAUACUCGUCCACUUUAACCACAGAGUAUAACAAGACGCCGGGAGCGAGGAAUCAGCUGCCCCUAUGGGGGUAGAGAUCAUAAGAGCUCUAUGUGUCAAAAACACACAUGUAUGUGUGUGUGUUGUUUAGGUUAUUGUAAUAUGAAGAACUGUUUUACCUACUAGAUGUAUAAGU